AUGGCAGACAGCGUUCCAAAACAAUACCCAAAACAGCGAAAGAGCUUCCAGAUAGAAACUCGCUUUGGGGGAGCUAGGGAACUGAAGAGCCGCAAGGAUAGGCCGUGCGAUGCCUGUCGCAAGAGAAAGACUGCAUGUGUCAUUGUGACUAAACCACCAUGCCGCUUCUGCGAGAGCAAAUGCCAGACUUGCUCAUUUAUAUCAACACCGAAACCACGACGCCGAUCACCCGCUAAAGAGCAAGGGAAAGGAAGCGAAAAUGGCACUUCUCCUUCUGCCAGUGGAUCGACUCAUACCAGCAGUCCGAGGCCUAACAAAGCCGCGCUUUACCAUUCACCAUCCGACCAGCUGGGCAGAAGUGGGAUAGAGGCUUUGAGUCCCAUAUCGACGCUGAGUGUAUCAGACCAGAAACGCACAGCAACCGCAGCAGUGCCUGAAUACCCAGACCCCGUACCGGGUCAUCCACAAGUCAUACCCAUCUCCGGGCCACCAUUCACUCAUCCACAAGACUAUUCAUACUUCACCAACCCUACCGCACCUCCCCAUGCUGUACCUUUGACCACAGGUGGUAUAAACAAUGGGUGCGCCCUCGACGAAAUUACAGGCCAUACAGCUCAUUUCAUUGGCCUAUCAGGGGAACAAGACAUGGAUCUUCUCUCGUCUUUUCGCUCAGACAUUCUCAAUGAAACAAACUAUGUUGACGUCAACUUCUGCCGAGUCGAACCUGGGGAUCCGGCACAGGGUCUUCCACCGGUACACUUCUCAGUAGUCCGCGACUGGUUCCCAGAACGAGACCAUAAGGCGAAAAUGAUAGCUUCAAACGGAGUAGAAGGGAUAGUAGGUGAUCGGGCCGAUAGCCUGGUACGGCUAUACUUUGAACAUGUGCAUCCUGCAUUCCCAAUAUUGUCCAAGGGGAGGUUCCUGAGAGAAUAUAUGCAGGAUAAAUACAAGAUCCCGCCAUCUUUAAGGGGUGCAGUGUACGGGCUUGCAAGCCCAUUCAUGAACCAGGACAGCGCGCUCUCUGGAACCCAACCUAUCAACCAAGCAGAUCUCUUCGAACACGUCCACUCCUCGCUGAACAGGGAGCUAGAGUCUCCCAAGAUAGCAACGCUCCAAGCCUGUCUGCUCGUCUUGCACGAACAGCCCGCUGAGAAUGGAACGACUGAAAGUCCAAAGGUAUGGGCCUUCUCAGGCCAGGCAGUUUCAUGCGCACACGCACUGGGCUUACACCGCGAUCCGACCUUCUGGGAUAUACCAGACCAGGAGAAGAGGCUUCGCCGGAAGCUAUGGUGGGCAACUUACUAUACUGACAAGUGGACGUCGAUAUGUCACGGUAACCCACCGCACAUCCAUCAUGGCUCUUUCGAUACCAAGGAUAUUGAAAUCGAAGAUCUCGUGUCAGACGAGGAUGUGGCUGGCCAGACAUUCCCGGCGUUUGUGCGAGAGGGUGACUGGCCAUGUGCAUUAUCAUUAGCUGUACGGUUCAUUGAGCGGAUAAAAUUGACCAAACUAUUGGAUAAUGUGCUUGGAUGUUCAUUCACGCUCGCUGGAUAUAGCGAGUCCAUCAAGGGAUAUCUCGCGAAGGAAGAGCCGCUGCUCAGAUGCCAGGCUGCGUUGCAGGAUUGGAUGUCGUUUCUCCCACAGUGUCUGGGCCUUUCCUUCUCACAGCAACGACUUGGCCGUUGCAUCAAUGCAUCCCUCCAUCUAUCCUUCUAUGCGACUGAGACACUCCUUUUCAGAGCCCUGAUGGCUCCGGCAACCGUGCAUUCCAAAACAACGCCCUCUUCUAGCCUUAGACGACACUUCGACAGCGCUAUAACCUGCUUUCAAUCCUUUGUCCGGUUCGUCAGUACUAUUAGACAAGAUACCCUGCAGUCCUUCUGGGGUCGUCAUGCACGCAGCAACUUCAUUCUUUGCACUAAUUUUCUUGUGUACCUGUUUCUCUGUGCCUUCACGUCUGACCGGGUCAUAGCCGCUUACGAAAUGUUGGAAUCUUUCCACAAGUCGAUCAAGCAUCUCUUGUCAUUGACAGAUGAGAGGAAUGCCGGUCUCUUGAGGCCGGCUGUGCUUCGGAUCGACUCGUUCUUCGGACAGGCAGUGGAAAUUAUGAGCUCGCAAGCUGGUUCCGUUUCACCUGCAAUGGCAGUAGGAGUCUUGGAGGAGCAGCAAUGGGCGAGUGCCAAGACAGAACUAGACGAACAUAAAAGCAGAAAUAUGAACGAGCCUGUUAUUGCUACCUAG